AUGGCGUUCCGGCAGGUGCUGCAGCUGGCGGCCUGCGGGCUGGCCGGGGGCUCGGCCGCCGUGCUCUUCUCGGCCGUGGCGCCGCCCGGCGUCUGGGACUCCAACUGGGAUAGGCGAGAACCACUGUCUCUUGUCAACCUGCGGAAAAGGAACCUGGAGUCUGGAGAAGAAGAAUUGGCGUCCAGGCUGGACCACUGCAAAGCGAAGGCCACACGGCACAUCUUCCUCAUCAGGCACUCCCAAUACCACGUGGAUGGCUCCUUGGACAAGGACCGAACUCUCACUCCUCUGGGUCGCGAACAGGCUGAACUAACUGGCCUCCGACUAGCGAGCUUGGGGUUGAAGUUUGACAGAAUUGUGCAUUCCUCCAUGACGCGAGCCAGAGAGACGACAGACAUCAUCAGCAAGCACCUGCCAGGAGUGUGCAGAGUCAGCACAGACCUGCUCAGGGAAGGCGCCCCCAUCGAGCCUGACCCGCCUGUGUCCCACUGGAAGCCAGAAGCUGUGCAGUAUUACGAGGAUGGGGCCCGAAUCGAGGCUGCGUUUCGCAACUACAUCCACCGGGCAGAUGCCAAGCAGGAGGAAGACAGUUACGAGGUCUUCAUAUGCCAUGCCAACGUCAUCCGCUACAUUGUGUGCAGGGCUCUGCAGUUCCCACCUGAAGGCUGGCUCCGUCUUUCCCUCAACAAUGGCAGCAUCACACACCUGGUGAUCCGACCCAACGGCAGGGUUGCACUAAGGACCCUUGGGGACACGGGUUUCAUGCCUCCAGACAAGAUCACCCGGUCCUGA